CUCGGAAGCCUGGGAGUCUUUGCCUGCUGCAGCAGACUGGAGCUUCUCCCUCCCUCAGCCUUUGAGCAGCAUCAGCAGCAUCAGCCUCAGCCGCCUUUGGAAGGAGCCGGCAAGGAGAGGCAAGCGCUGUCCCUUCAGCACCACCGAGGAAAAGGAAGCCCAGCCUCUGCUGCUUUGCAAAGCCCAGAGGAGCCUCUCUGCCCUGGUCCAGCCUGAAGUCUUGAAAGUGAGGUCUAAGGAUGGUGAAACUAGGAAGCAAUUUGAAUGACAAGACCAAGCAGCAGCCGUCCAACGAGGAUGGUUUUCAGACGGUUCCUUUGAUAACCCCUUUGGAAGUAAAUCAUUUGCAGUUCCCGGCUCCAGAAAAGGUGAUUGUGAAAACAAGAACAGAAUAUCAGCCAGACCAGAAGAACAAAGGAAAGCUCAGAGUGCCCAAAAUUGCUGAAUUCACAGUCAGUUUCACUGAUGGUGUUACAGAAAGAUUAAAGGUUACUAUUCUCAUCAGUUUGGCUCUUGCGUUCCUCGCCUGCAUAGUGUUCCUCGUGGUAUACAAAGCUUUUACCUACGACCACAGUUGCCCAGAUGGAUUUGUUUAUAAGCAUAAGCGGUGCAUCCCAGCUUCCCUGGAUGCUUACUAUUCAGCUCAGGAUUCCAAUUCCAGGGGCAGAUUCUACACUGUCAUCAGCCAUUACAGCAUGGCCAAGCAAACCAGCUCACGGUCCGUUUCUCCCUGGCUUUCUUCAGGAUCGGUAAACCAUGAACCCAAGGCUACCAAAACAGAAGGCCAUUAAAGCCAUUUGGUGGCUUUGGGGAAGGAAGGGAAUAGGGAAGACAACAUUCUGUCUCUAUAGCAUUGCUGUGGUUUGGAGACGGCGCCGUGCUUUCAGUGCAACAAGAAUAAAAUUAACUCCAAGUGCAGGUGUCAUCUUAAUGGAUAUUUCUCCUCUCUCUCUCUCUCUCACUCUUUCUUUCUCUCUCAGUCUCUCUCUCUCUCCCUCUCUUUCUCCCUCCCCUCCUUUGGUGCAUUGUUCUCGUUAAUUUGUAACUAAGUCAAGAUCUUGUACAAAGGCAUGUUAGGUGUUGAUUAUAUCUUACAAUGUACAAAUAUUUUUAAAAUCACUGCUUAAUAUUUGUUAAGAAAAUAAAAACUAAAAAACAAAAAAAGCCAAUCUAGAGAACCUUAACAAGGAAGAAGAAGAAAUGACAAACAGAAUUUCACAAGACUUAUUUGGAUGAGAAGAUGGAGUCGUAAGAUAUGGG